UCUUCCUUAGAAAAUGUCCAAGUCCUGGUUUUGCAACUCUCCCAGCCGCUGUUAGCAUGAGAAUGGGGAGCUUAGAGGGACCGGCGCUUGGAAAGCCAGUUCGUUGUAGGAACACGCACACUGUGUGACCGAGUCAGAGAAAGGAGUUUAAAUCGCAGAGAGGGAAUCGAGAAAAUCUACACAGCAGUGACUCGCUCCGAAAAAAAAAGAAAAACUCUCCUGUCUUUUAUACCAGGAAUACAUUUUAGGAAGGUAGCAGAUUUCUAAAUCUGCAGAAUACAGGAAUACACAGCGGCACAGCGAUCUGCAAUUUAACAUGAUCUCCCCGUGCGCUUUCCCUUCCUAAUCAUCCAUGGCGACAGCACAGACCUUGCCCCUGACCAGCGAAUCCAGCACCCACUUCAGUGACCUCUACCCCCUCCCCUCCCAGCGCGGCCAGUACAGGAGCACCAUGGGAAGUGUGGGCAGCCUGAUCGAGAAGCCAAACCUGUCCUCAGAGCCCCUGCACAGCAGCAGGGCCGUGCCCCAGGCGGGACCCAGGCAGCCCGACGGCCUGCUCAAGAAGGGCCUCGCCCAGAGGGAGCUGCUCAACUAUCUCAACAUCACCAAGAAGGAGCCCAAACCAGGCAAGAGGACCGUCUCCUCCAUCAAGAGGGAGCACGGCUCCGAGGAAGGAGAGAACCUCUACAGCAAGAUGCAUCACAAGCACGGCAAGGAGAUUGACCUGACCAAGAACUCCCUGCCGCUGGAAAAGUCCCGGUGUCGACCCUCUGCGUUCAAACCAGUCACCCCCAAGAACUUCAGCUCAAUGCAGAACCUGUACCCCUCCAGACACGAGGACCCAGAGAAGGGGCUCCCCAACGGGCUUCAUCACAUCUCCUACACCAAGGCCUCCCCCUCCAGGAGCGGCCCCACCAGACCCCCUCCGCCACGAGCCCUCAGCCAGCAGGACGAGGAGAACAUGUCUGACUCAGGACACCACUCCCUGAACAGCCUCCCGCCCUACCGGCCCCACUUCAAGGCUCACCUGGGCCAGAUCAGCGCCUCCAUGAGCCACAUCAACCACAUCGGCUCGCUGGAGCGUGGCUCGGCGGGCUCCCGAGGGGGGCGGUCCACGGCCACGGAGCUGUCGUGUCGCAGCAUGGCCACGCUGCACCGGCUGCAUGGCUGCGACGGGGAGGCACCCCCACCCUACCAGGCCUCGCUCUCCAUGGAGGACAUGGUGAAGGACCUGGAGGAGAGGCUCCUGGAGAAGGAGCACGAGCUGAAACAUGUGAGGAGGAACCUGGACGAGAGCGAGGACGCCAUCGCUCAGGUGUUUGAAGAGAGGCAGCGGCUGUGGGAGAAGGAGAUCGAGGAGCUCAAGCAGCUCUACGCCACCAAGCUGCGGCAGAUCUCCCAGCAGGCCCAGCGCUCGCAGCGCACGCUGCAGCUGCAGCUGUACAAGGUGCAGCAGGAGAAGCGCAGGCUGCAGGAGGACCUGGGCGCGCUGCAGCGGGAGUGCGAGGGGUUAAAGACUGUCGAGCAGGGACAGGAUCACCCCAGACUGGAGGAGACUAAGUGGGAGGUGUGCCAGAAAUCAGGGGAGAUCUCCCUCCUGAAGCAGCAGCUGAGGGACUCACAGGCAGAGGUGGCUCAGAAGCUGGGUGACAUCUUCAGCCUGAAGACGCAGCUGAGAGAGACGAGGGGGGAGCUGCGAAGCAAGGACAACGAGAUCGAGCUGCUCCGAGACUCCCUGCAACGCACCCUGCAGGACGGAGAGGAGGAUGGAGAGGGAGAGGGAGAGGGCCAGGAGGGGAGGGGGCAGCAGCAGGGCUCCACAGAGGAGAGGCUCAGGGCGGAGCUGCUCCUGGAGAGACGACAGAACGAAGCCCAGACCUCCCUCUUCGAGUCGGAGCGACGCACCUGGCAGAACGAGAAGGAGAAGGUGAUCCGGUACCAGAAGGAGCUGCAGACGGGCUACCUGGAGAUGUACCACAAAAACCAAGCCUUGGAGAAGGAACUGCAGGAGCUGCGAGGAGCUGGAGGAGGAGGGGGGGAGAGUGGCAGCAGCAGCACAGGGGCCAGCGACCCACAGCAGCCCACAGGCCUGCCCUGGAUAGAGAGGAUCGAGUCCUCUGAAAUAUGACUGCCCCUGGUGGCAGGAGGGGCAAAGGACAGAGGAAAUAGGAGGGCCAGAAAUAAAAAAUGAACGCAACAAUCUGUGGGCAAAAGAGACUAAAGCCGAAAGAAGCCAGUGCUUGUGUGGCUGUUUGUUAUUGGAUGACGUGCCCUUCAAUCCAGGAAGCUGCUGCAGAAGGUGCUGCUCUUGGGAGUCCGGGACUGCAGGAAAAUGUACGAGACGUCAACGCUGCAUGCUGUCUUGCAAAGUGCCAGAUUAUUUAUUUUAUUUUUUUUUUCACUUUUGAAAAAUAAAGGGAUUUUUUUUUUUUUUUUUAAACGUAACAAUUCAUCGACAUCUCUGUGAGGGGGAAAAAAAAUUCUGGAAUGUUACCUGUAGUUUUUAAUGUAAUAGUUUUUUUUAAUUAUACUUAUUAUUAUUAUUAUUAUUAUUAUUGUUGUUGUUGUUGUUGUUGUUGUUGUUAUUUAUUUCAUUUAUGUUUCUUUUUUUAUAUUGGGAACAAUAACCCAGCUUUGUAGUUUUCACAUGCAACACAUUUUUUGUGUAGUUCUGAGUCAGUGUGAUACAUGAGCCCCCUUGGUCUGAUUGGAGGAUUGUGCUGAUAAAGGCGGGUCCUAAUGCAUGACUGACAUCUAACUUGCAUGCUCUCAGCAGUGUUUCCACCCCCCCACUCCCUUCGGCAGCUGAUCAGAAACAAGAACAUUGGAAGUCAGCACAUCAAGGGGCGGAGCUUCAGAAACUUGUUGUGCAACUCAAAACUUUCAAAGAAUUCAAAGUAAUCCAGCAGUAGUCCAUAUUUCAGUGCAGAGCUGUAUUGAAAACUCACUUCUCAGCCGCAGGACUACAGUAUACUGCUGCACCUUGGGCAUUUGCAAGCUGGCUCUGGUGUUUUCCAGUUCGCUUCCUUCUCUACCCACCUGUCGUUGCCUGUGGUGUUGAUGCAAUAAAAUCUGAAAGAUUCAUGAGCAGGCGUUUUCUCAUGGCUUGUUAGUUAUUAGGAUCUUGUUGUUUGUUCACACACACAUACACAGAGACUCUGUUAUUCAGUAACUCCCUAAGUUACAGUCUCACCAGAGGCACAAGCAUAAAGAACCCAGACUUCCCUGCAUAUCCACCACGCCUUCCUUUUCUUUAGAAACUUCCACGCCAGCAUGUUCCGGGGUCAGACUAAGGUAACUGAACCUGGGCCUGGAUGUAAAGGCAUGUCAGGACAUUUGGUCCUUUACAAAUCAGAGCUUCCUGAAUUUAAGGCACGCUGUAAUAAAUAAGUGAGCUGGGUCUGCUGCUGUGGGUCAGACGCAGAAUUUAAAAUGGACCUGUGUUUCACAUGAAGAACGGCUCCCUAGAUUUCCGAAAGGUUUUCUCAGAUAAUACCAGACCCUGAAGAGUCCAGACACUGAAGCCCAAGGAGAGAAGCAGCCCAUGUAGAAUGUCAUUCUAAAUGAAGAAACCUCUCUGUACAGAACAUAAACCAGCAGUGCUGGAACUCUGCUUUCCAGUACAAAAGAGCCAGGCUGUGCAAUGAUCUUCUCAACAGAACACAGCUGUGUGUAGUUUCCCCAGCGGAGGAAAUGGGCUAAAUAAAGACAUGAAUGGACUGGCACCACCCUGGGAUUAUGAGACUGUGAUGCUGGUAGGACUUUCCUGGUCCAGCAACGACCACUCCCUGUGCAUGGAUACGGGGCUGUGAGACAUGGAAUAAGGACAAUGGACAACUUGUGUUACAGAAAAUAAAUAAUAAUAAUAAUAAUAAUAAUAAUAAUAAUAAUAAUUUAAAAAGAAGGAAUAUGAAGAAAUCCUGUGUAAAUUCUGUGAUCCCCAAUUCAAAUCACGUAAUCUCUGUGUGUAUGUGUGUGAAU